GAAGUAAAACCAAAUCCGCGACACCAUGUCCGAGAUUUUGCCGUCUUGGUCUUUUAUCAUAUUCUGCCCUUUUCUCGGUAUGAAGGGCGGUCUUCAUCACAGAAGAUUAGGAUGCAGAAUCUGCUUCUUCAAAUAAUCACAAAACCUCCCCUGGCGUUCUUGCCUCUCGAGUAUUUUCUUCAAGGUUUCGAAUAUUUCCCUCCGGAAGACCCAUUUGAUCUUUUCCUUCAGAAUCCCCCUCUCCUAAACGCACCUUGUUUGAGUCUAAUGCUCCUUAACUACGUAAAUGCCGAUGAUGAACGGCAAUAGUGACACGGCUAAAGCCCCUUUUCCCAUUUUACUGUCGGAAAUGGGUAACUUGACUCGCGAAGUGAAAGCGUUGAUCGACAAAGAUGAUGCGGAGUCGGGGGUAGAAUCUGCAAUAAUGCAACGCAACACACGACUGUUCAAGACUCACUGUUGUAUGAGAGGUCUUAUCAGUUCUACUAAGCAACCCUAUGUAGCAAUGCGCUGUGCAGCGCUGCGGUUGCUGGGUGGUUACACAACGUAAUAUCGCAGACCUAUGGAGUGUUAUUUGAAGAAGGGGCUGAGCUAAAGGAUACUGCUUCGAAGUUCCAGAGCAC